AUGGCUGCCUACCAGGAGGUGUGUGUGUGCGGCUUCGAGGAGUUCAACCAGGCUGUGGGGCUGCACGAGGGCAAGCGCAUUUUCGCCUUGUUUGUGGGUUCUAAGGACGCGGAAGGGAACAGCUGGUGUCCCCUCUGCAUGCAGGCGGAGCCAAUCAUUCGUGAGGGCCUGAAGCGUGCCAGCCAAGAAUGUGUGUUCAUCUACUGCCAAGUAGGAGACAAGCCUUACUGGAGGGAUCCAAAUAACGACUUCAGGAAAAAACUGAACGUGACUUCGGUGCCCACGCUCCUGAAAUACGGAACACCUAAAAAACUGGUGGACGCGGAGUGUCGCCAGGCCAACCUCGUGGAGAUGCUCUUCUGUGAAGAUUAG